UUGUUAUAAAACGCUCUCCUUUCUUUUUUGUUUUGCCUUUUAGGUAAAUCUGCCUUGUAUCUUUCCUUUUUUUUAAAAAACUGAUAUCCUGUCAUUUCUGCUUGCGCGAAGGCUCGUGACCUCCUUUCGAUUUUACUAAACUGACCUACCUUGCGAUGCUUCCUCACUGUAACAAACUCUUUGAGUGGCAUGAACUAAAGCAGAGGAAAUGGUUGAAUGCUUCAAACAGACUUUAUUGUCCUUGGAACCAGAAAACAGAAAGCCCUUGAUUUCAAGUAUGCAAGAACCAACGACUUUGUUUUUAGAGAAGACUCAAAGUCCAUCCGAUUUAAAUGGAGAGCAGUAUGACUCAGAUGUUGGCUCUGGGGGCGAGGACAUCGACUUCAACUGGGAUGACUAUCUUGAAGAAACUGGUGCAAGUCCUGCACCACAUAACUCAUUCAAACAUGUUGAGAUCAGUCUCCAGAGUAGCUUCCAGCCAGGGAUGAAGUUGGAAGUUGCUAAUAAAAGUAAUCCUGACACCUAUUGGGUAGCUACAAUCAUCACAACAUGUGGUCAGCUUUUACUCCUGCGCUACAGUGGAUAUGGAGAUGAUCGCAGGGCAGAUUUCUGGUGUGAUGUCAUGACUGCUGAUUUGCACCCUGUUGGCUGGUGUUCACAAAAUAAAAAGGGACUGAGACCUCCUGAAGCAAUUUGUGAGAAACAUGGAGACUGGACAGAGUUUCUGAUUCAGGAUUUGACUGGUGCAAGGACAGCUCCUGCAAACCUUCUGGAAGGGCCAUUAAGAGGAAAGAACACUGUGGACCUUAUUACCCCCAAAUCUCUGAUUGAACUUCAGGAUUCUAAAAACCCGUUUCAAUACUGGAUAGUCCGCGUGGUUGAGAAUGUUGGUGGGAGAUUGUGCUUACGUUAUGAAGGAUUGAAUGAUAUUGACAAACAUGACCAGUGGUUGUUUUAUCUGGACUGUAGACUCCGACCAGUGGGAUGGUGCCAAGAAAACAGCUGCAAGCUAGACCCACCUACAGAAAUCCAGGCUCUUAAGGGUGAUACUGAAUGGAAAGAUGCUCUUGAAAAGGCUCUCUCUGAAGCUGAAAACUUUUCAUUGCCACUGGAGGUGUUUAAGGACCAGCCUGAUCUGAGGGCGCAUUGCUUCACAGCUGGCAUGAAGUUGGAGGCAGUAGAUCCAAGGGAGCCCUUUUCCAUCUGUCCUGCCACAGUAACCAAGGUUUUUAAUGAUCAGUAUUUUAUGAUCACAAUUGAUGACUUGAGGCCAGAGGCUAGUGAAAACUCUGUGCUUUGCCAUGCUGAUUCACCAGGAAUCCUUCCUGUUCAGUGGUGCCUUAAAAAUGGGGUCCAUCUCACUCCACCCAAGGGUUAUCCUGGUUUGGACUUUGACUGGGCCGAUUAUCUUAAACAGUGUGGAGCAGAGGCACUUUCUCAGUACUGCUUUAGAAAUACUUCACUCAAUCGAGGCUUCACCAAAAAUAUGAAGUUGGAGGCUGUUAACCUCAGUAACCUGGCAGAAAUAUGCGUUGCUUCAAUCACAAAAGUAAAAGGGCGAUUAAUGUGGCUUCAGCUUGAAGACUCUAAGAAAUCUGUCCCUGAAUACAUUGUCGAUGUAGAGUCAAUGGACAUUUUUCCAGUUGGUUGGUGUGAAGCGAAUGGAUAUCCUUUAACCCCGCCAUAUCGUGCAGUCUGUCAGAAGCAGAAGAAAAUUGCAGUAGUACAACCAGAAAAGCAACUUCAUUCCAUUCCUGUGGAGCCUGUCCCUCAGGACUCUUGCCCUAUUACAACAGAAGCUGGUACUACUAAUGGCAAGUACUGCUGUUCCAAAAUAUAUUUUAACCAUCGCUGCUUCUCAGGCCCAUAUCUAAACAAAGGACGAAUAGCAGAACUUCCUCAAUCAGUUGGACCUGGAAAAUGUGUACUCGUUCUGAAGGAGGUUCUCACUCUAUUGAUUAAUGCAGCCUACAAACCAGGCCGUGUGCUCCGGGAAUUGCAGCUUGAGGAUGACCCAGAAUGGAACUGUCAGGAAGAGACACUAAAAGCUAAGUACAAAGGGAAAACAUACAGGGCAAUUAUGAAAAUUGUAAGGACAGCAGAUCGGGUUGCAGAUUUUUGCAGAAGGACUUGCAUGAAGUUAGAAUGCUGCCCAAACUUGUUUGGACCACUCAUGGUUACUGACAAAUGCCCUGAGAAUUGCUCUGUUCACACAAAAACAAAAUACACUUAUUACUAUGGAAAAAAGAAGAAAAUCAUCAGACCUCCUGUUGGACAUGUUGGCAUUGAAAACAACAGUAAAAAACCUGCAAGACGCAGGAAAAAGCGCAGGUCCUGUUUUGUACAAAAGAAAAAGCGCUCAUCCACUUCAGUGGACUAUGCUCCACAGGAAAAUGGAGAAGAAAAAGACGAUGGCCAAGAUAUUAUAGAUGAUGAAACAGGAAGCGACGGAACAAGCUCUGAGCAGCGUGAUGAUCAAACAGACACAUCAUCUGAGAUGCCUGAUGUUAAACCAAAACGAUUAAGAAGACUGAGAUCAGCUUCAGAACUACCCCGGCCUCACAUAGUAGACAGGGCAAAGCGAAAAAGAAGGGCGCGAACAUUAUCACUUUCUGAGGAUGACAAAUAUGAUUCUCUCAAAUGCUCGGCACCAAAGGAAAUCAGGCAAAAUGAAGAUGAUAAACUUGUUCUGGAAAGUAAUCCCUUGGAAUGGUCAGUGGCUGAAGUUGUCAGAUUUAUUAAGUCCACAGACUGUGCACCACUUGCAAAAAUAUUUCAGGAACAGGACAUUGAUGGCCAAGCACUACUGCUCUUGACGCUGCCAACAGUCCAGGAAUGUAUGGAGCUUAAACUCGGCCCUGCUAUCAAAUUAUGUCAUCACAUUGAAAGAGUGAAAAUUGCUUUCUAUGCACAGUACGCUAACUAACUUAAUUUGUCAUGAUUCCUUUUAAUCUAUUUUGCCCAGAAUCAUUCCAAAAUGAACACUGGACCAAUGUGUUCAGAUUUAACACAACGGACAGAUAUUCACCUGAUAACUUGCCAGCCAGAGAAAUGCUGUGAAAUGAACUUUAGUGAGCAUUUUUUUAUUUGCUGCUCACAUUGAGUAAUUUGAUCAAAAUGAAGUAAUAAGUUAACAACUGUAAAAGGGCCUCUUUUACGAGAAGAUGGACAUACACAUAUUUGAAUGGAUCAGUACCAAUUAACAUGUAACGAAGAAAGAAUCAAACGUGAACCACUUCAGAGAUUUCUAUAGAAAUGAGAACGUAUCCCUUGAAUGCGUAUGUCAAAGUGAUAACAGCAGCUAUAUUGUCGAAGAUUCUUCAUUUGACAGGCUUUCAAGACUUGCUGAGUCUUCAUGCUUUAAGUCCCUAUUAUCUUAAUAAGAGUGAUAGCAUGUACACAAAUUGGAAUCAACAGAGAAAGAACAAACCUAAUCCUAGAGGUACUCGAUAUACCUCUGACAACAGUCCAUCAAUCUGCUGUGUUCUCCGGUUGAAUAAUCUUUCUGUACAAUAAUCCUGUUCACUUUGAUUUGGCUGUGUUUUAUAUUUUGCCAGUUGAUUAUGAAUGUUAUCAACUUGAAUUAUAAGGAGAAUGUUUAACUCCCGUGGCACUGUGCUGUUUAGUUUAGGAUUGGGAUCAGAAAACAUGAUGAAGGAGCAGUUUUACUGCCCUUUAUUGUGCAGAUGUAUUUAAACCUAUGAUAAAUUGCAGCCAAACAAUUAAUCCAAUUCAAGCUCCCUGAAGUUUGAAGACAUCAAGACUAUCUUUAAUUAGCUAGAACAAAUUAUUAAAACCAGAGGUUGAGUGUGAAAUUUCUCUAUAGGAAUGCUUUGAAUGAUUGUCUAAAAAUAAGGAGGUUUCAUACACUGGUACAAUAUGAAUUAUCUUAUAAGGGAAAAAUGAAAAGUUGUAAAUGGCUUUACAUGUAAGAAGGAAAAACAAGAUUUGGAGAGGACCAUGUGAUCUGCCACCCUAAAUUCCAACUGUUAUCUCUACAGUAUUGAUAACUUGAAUUAACUGUUAUUGCACUGCAGUGUGUAGGUAUAGAGUUGCUUUCAUACAAAACGUGCUACAUUUUUAUACAUACUUCAAAGCUGAUUUUGCAACAUUACUUUCACCUUCAACAUCUAAAAGAUAUGUUGUAGACAUCCAGGUGAAUUGAAUAAACUGGUUGAAUAUUUGCACCAUGUUCUUGGAGGAAAAAAAUACAGGUUCUGAAUAAUAUACAGCAAUGAUUUUUAAACCUAUUUAUUAGAGAGACCCUACUCUCUAAUAAUGGCAUAUUCUUGGGAACUCAAACCAGCCUUGUGAAAAACAUUUUGCUAUUGCUGGAGAAAAAGUUUCUUAUUAACAUAUAGCAUAAAUAUGCCAGUGAGUUAACAAAAACAACACUGUAGAUUAUCAAAACCACACAUGAAAAUUCCAGAGACAUUUUUAUGGACUAAGCACCCCACUUUAAAAGCCUAUGCUACACAGCAUAUCUAGAUUUUGAACACCUAGAUUUGCACAGUCAAAGUAAAACAAAAGUUUGCAUUUAUUUAGCUCCUUAAAUAUUGUCGUAAUAUAUCCAUACUUCACAGUGAAUUGCUAUUUAGAUUGCAGUGACUUCUUAAAUGUUUGGAACAUUUUUACUCUGUAGACUGAUAUAUAAUUAAAUUGUGAUAUAUCUUAUGCUCAGAGACAUGAACCUUUUCUCCAGAUAAUCCGCCCAUUUGUUUUCCAUGUCCUUCUCUUUCAUACAGAAAAGUUUAUUUAAAAAUAAAACAUAUUUGGAACAAUGACAGCUAUAGUGUGUACCACACCUUUGCAGUCCCAUAAGGACUUAAUUAAAAAUUGCCUCGGCUUCAGAUUUCUCUACCACAGGCCAUUUAAUAUUGAGGAUAACUGUGGUGGUUACUGUCACUUGGCAACCCUUGUACUGUGCACAUCAGAUUGUUGAAAGGUUGAGGUUUGCUUCUUAACUCUUUAUGUUCAAAGACUUUUGUUGCCAUAAAGGUUAGAUAAUAUUUAAACUUACUAGAUAUUUCAGCUAAUCUGCUCAUCCAAUCCUUUGUAUGUGCAGUUCACAUUAACAUUCACAACAUUUGUAUGCAUUCAAGGAAUGCAUUUGGUGUUUCUGCCUAGAAUCAAUGUGGUAAUCUUGCUAGCUAAUUUUAAAGCCAGCAACUACAAGGUUUAUCUGAAGCUAUUAAAUGACAGACUGUAGAGAGUUGGCCCCAUGUUCCAGUAAACCACAUGCAGACUCACCAUAAAUUGCAGAAAUUCAAUGCAACCUAAGCUUGCCUUUCCAUGAUGUGAAAACAAAUCUUUGGAUUAAAAAGUCCUGUAGCACAACAAAGUUGUGAACAGAAAGAACAUCAAAUCAAAUCUUUACACUCUUUCACAUGACUAGGUCACUCUUUCUAGAGUAAAAUCAUGUUACACGUGCAUCUUCUAUGUGAAUUCUUCAGAAGCACAAGAUUGAAAAUCUAUUAAAUUUUGUUUUUGCUGUAGUGCAGGAGAUUCAAAUGUAAGUAUGUUAACAAAGUGUAUGUGGGGUUGGGAGGUGGGAAUACGAGUAACUUAGUCAUUUGUUAUUUUCCUCAUUCCUAAUGUUUUAAAAUCUUUUGUGUGGUUUGUAUGAGUGACAAAUAAGCUUUUUAUUUGGAAAAAAUCAUGUUGUAAUAAAAAUACCAUGCAAUGCUUUAAAAUGAGAUCAAGUUUUUAAGUGCGAUCCUGUCCCACAUAUAUAAAAAAAAAUGUUUGUCAUACAGUAUGUUCAUUUGUUUUUUAAUAAUCUCAUUUUUGUAACCACUAACAAAUUUCAAUCCUGCACUGAGUAAAAAAAAAACUGGUAUACUCAAGUGUUAAGUAAACCAUUCAGACUUGAUGUGGCCUUGAGUUCAGAUGAUACAUACAGUGAUUCAAUUGAUUGAACGUACAAAAGGACACUUACAAAACCAGAAGUGUUUGAAAGAUAUGAAGGCUGUGAACAUGCUUUUGAGUUAAUUUUAUUUUUUUUAAAUUUAUAACAUCCAGCUUGAUUUUUAUCAUUGAAACAGACUUUAGUAAUGAUUUCUAUACCUACCCAGAAGAUUUGAUUUUAAAAAUUACAUCUUCUUUCCGAAGAAUUCACAUUGAAAAUAUAUUGUUUAGAAACAGUUGUGUGAAAAGGAGUUAAUAGUACAUUGUAAAGGAGUCAGAAUCUAGGGCAUAUACGUUGGAGUAAUAUGGAAGUGUUCUUCACAGUAUAAUGUAUCAUUUUAUACAAAGAAGGAAUCCAUUAAAUAUAUUAAGAACAUAUACCAUUUCAUAGCUGCAAGGCUCUAUGUUGAUGAAUGCUGGAGCCACAUCUACAGGGGCUGCUAUUUGCGUAUAGAAGUGCCUCAGCAAACCUUGUGCCAUUGUUACAUUGGCAUUGGUAAGAUUGGUCUGUGGGUAUGAUUUGCAUUUCUAGGUAAUUUUGUAAAACGGGCCCUAUACAUUAUCUUGAAAAUACAAACAUUGUUGGAAACUUGGUAAAAUCUCUUUCUGCAUUUACAAAAAACACAGCAUACUUAGAAAAACUGAGAAUUGUUAGUACUAAUUAGAACAAGAUUAAAAAUCAAAUGAUUUAAUGCCCUACUAAUAUAUUAAUGUGUAAUGUAUGACUUUCCUCUGUCACCAUUCAGUACGGUAACAACAUUCUGCCACAAUGGUUUUACAUCAGAAUAGGCAAAUCCCUAAAUUGCUGGAUUUUCAUGAGGUUAAAGUCAACACCACUAUGCAAGAAAUGUUCAGGAAGAAUGCAUCCAUUGUAAACAUUUGGAAAAUUGAUGAAUUUCAACUGAGGACACGAAAUGCGCAGCAGUGGAUCAGCAGUUUUCCGUUAACCCGAAUGGAAAGAAUAAUUGGGCAGGCAUAUAAUGCGUGUCCAAUUCACUACUGCUCACUUUAUGCCCUACCAAAGUUGAAUUUCACCCCAUUGGUAUUAAAGGUUUUGAUGUACAAGUUGCUGCAGAGCAGUUAUUGAUUUUUGUUUAUCUUACUUCUGUAUGGACUUACAGUUUGUAUAUGUGGUAAGAAAAUUGCACAUUCCAUUUUAAUGUGUAUAUGGUGUUCUAUUGUUGUAUUUUUUAACAGAGUACAUAUGUGUUUUUUUCGAGAUCGGUAGAAUAAUGUGCAGAUGACACUGAAGGUAAUGUGUGGAACUGUGCAUUGUAUUUAGUUAUCUUGCAUGUUAUACUGAAUAGAACUGUAAUAAAUAUUGCUAUUACUGCUUAAUUUCUGAAGGACAAUAUUAUGCUUUGUAAACCUACUUGGUCUUUAUACAUUUUGUAUAUAUUUUGAAGAAUUAACCCUGUGCUAUCUACAUGUUACAGCCUUCAUCAAGUAUCAUGCAUAUGUUUUCUGAAGCUCUUUAGUUCAUUAAAAUACAAUAGUUCAAUUGCCAGAAUCUAAUGUUUGUACAAUCAAGAAAAAAAAGUGACCUAUUUUGAUGAUAUUACAUUUAGUUGAUUAUAAUUUCAGUAAGAAAUGUUUCGAAAGCUUGUCAAAGGAUUGUGAUAUAUUGUAGAAAAUGUUAUGUAAUUUUCAGUAGUGAUUCAUUGUGAACCAGGACAGUGGAUACUAUCAUAUUUGUAAAAAAAAAGUUAAAACACCAAAGAAUUACUGCAGUUGCUCUUUGGGCCCACUUUCUAUUUUAUGAAUGGGCUCAUUUGCAUUUUCUAUGACAUCUUUUAUUACUAAUGUGUUUGUUCAGCUGUUUGGAAUCUCAGAUUGUCAGUAAGAAAUAGCAGUGACUCAGAUCUCUUUCUAGCUGAACAGACUGAUGAUAGGAAGGGCAUAAAAAAUUCUAACUAUUCACAAGUAAGCACAAACACUGGUUAUUUUUGCGCUAUGAUGAUUACAAAAAUAAAAAUUAACAGUGCUUUGAUGAAAAAGCAAGAAAUGUGCUGCCGUUAUUAAUUUGAGUUAUAGGUCAUAACUCCAACUGCAAUGCACAGUUGUGGAGUGAUGGGUUGAUUAUAUCAUGUCAGGUUAGCAAUGAAUUUUUGUCUGAGUAUUAAAGAUGUCGAAGGCAAUUGAAUUGUACAAAAUAAAACCAUGCAGCACUUGUAUAAGGUAACUGUUUGAAUAUAAAGAUGAAAAGUUCAUGUUUAAAUUGCCACUGUUUAAGCUUAGAUCAAAUUAAUGAAUUUUUACCUGAUCAUUUGUGCAUUUAGUGCUGUGUGCUAAUCCCAGGGUCUUCAAAUUAGCAGCAACCAGGUUAGGUUCUUCCAGUAUGUACAGAUCACCUUUCCCCCCCACACCGCCCCCAGUCUUCAUUCCCUUUCAAUCCAUUUAUGCAGUUUAUUAGAAUGCAUUGUUGCUGACAACCUUCUGCUAAAACAUUUCAGAUACGGCACAGGCUAUAUGAUCAGCAUGCAGCCUCUAUACUUUCUCAUACCUCAGAAAUUCACCAGAAUGUAUCAUUGGCUCGUAAUCAAAUGUUACUGUAGGUAGUACAAUGUCCUUUAUGCCAAAAAAAAAUGGUUUCAGUUUGAACAAACCUAUUGGGUCAUCUGAGUUGCUGUCAUUCUAAGAUUGCAACUGAAAGUGAUACUGUGCAACUGUGGGAAACAGUGCUUGAUUUGAGCAAUCAUCUUAUUUAUAUUUCACCUUCCAGUGUUGUUAUUUAAGAAAUAUUUUGUAAUUGAAAGGAAUAAAUUUUGAGGGAGGAAAUAAUCAGUAAAAACCUCAUGACGUGUAAACGUUCCUUGCAGUAUGAAAAUACACUUCUGUUGUUGCUCAUAAGACAGAAGCCUAAAUUUUCUGACCAGUGUUAUUGUAAUGUUAGGAAUAUUAACAUCAACAUUGAAAUAAGUCAGAGUAGAAAAUUGAAGCAUACAUUUGCAUACGUUGCUUGCUUGGAAUUGGUACUGAGCUCAGAGCAAAUAUUCUGCAUAUUGAAUAAAUUCCUUUAGCUUGCAAACUAAUUUGAAUUUUCCUGUUUGAACUGCAAUUUUUCUUCUAUGUUUCCUGGUAGUUUACUGUUUUCCUUUUGUCUGCACGAUGAGGUCACUGGCCCAACAAGCUUGAAGAGCGUAUUCUGUAUAUACAUUUCCAUGUAAAUAAAUAAAACCUUUAUUCAGA